CACACACAGAUCCUCUGCUCGCCUCUACUGCUGGGAUAUGUCCUUGCUGGAUGCCGGGAUGCCUGGGACUCUCCUCACACUGUUCUUGGUUCUGCUGGGUGUGCUGGUGACAUGUGCCCAGACGGAGAUGAAGAGGGUUGUUGGAGACAAUGCCACGCUGCCCUGCCACCAUCAGUUCUGGGUGGGUGACGACCCCACGCUUGACAUUGAGUGGCUGAUGCUCAAGCCAACCAACAGACAGAGAGUGGUGAUCACCUUCUUCGCUGGACGGGUGUUUGACCCCAAUGAAGUGGAGCGCAGCCGGGUAGCCUUCGCCGGAGAGUAUUUAAAGGGUGACGCGUCCCUGCUGAUCAGUGACUUGUCCCUCACAGACUCAGGAGAGUACAGCUGCAAAGUGAAGACCGGAGCUCAGUACCACUGGACCACCAUCAGUCUCAUAGUGCUGGUAAAGCCGUCCAAGCCGCGAUGCUGGAUGGAGGGGAAACUGUUGGAGGGGGGUGAUGUCAAGAUGAGCUGCAAGUCUGCGGAUGGCUCUGAUCCACUUCACUACAAAUGGGAGAGGGUUAUGGACAAGGGCAAAUAUGGUGGGAAGCUGCCUCCACAGGCCCUAGUAGAUUUGAAAAACCCAGAGAUUGUGACCUUGAGGAACUUGACCAAGGAAAGCACCGGGGUCUACAAAUGCACAGCCAGCAACGAUGUGGGAGAAGACAGCUGCAUGGUGGAGGUCAAGAUGCACUAUGUAAGGGGAAUGGGUGUGGUAGCCGGGGCCGUGGUUGGCUCGUCUUUUGGGGUCCUCCUUAUCAUCCUCAUCAUCUGGUUGGUGUUCCGCAAAAAGGAGAUGAAGAAAUAUGAAGAAGAAGAGACCCCCAAUGAAAUCAGGGAGGAUGCAGAGGCUCCCAAAGCCAAACUGGUGAAGCCCAACUCCCUCUCUUCAUCCCGCUCUGGCAGCUCUCGCUCAGGGACCUCCUCCACUCAGUCCAUGGUGCACCACAUGGGGCUCCGGGGCCAACGAGCCUGUGUUCCUGCUGUGGCGGCGCUAAAAGAAAACUGCCAUGCCUCAAACUUCUCGCAUUCUCCACCUGGCUACACUCAGUCCGUUCACAAGACUCCCGAACCCCGUUCAACACCAACCUCCAUUUCUACCUCCAACAGCAAGCCCAGCCCUCCCCCUAAACUGAGUCCUGCGAACCUGAGCCGCAUGGGGGCCACUCCUGUCAUGAUCCCUGCCCAAACCAAGGCCUUCCAGACUGUGUAGAAGAUGUAACACAGAAGAAAAGAACAUGGCAGCCUCAGGACACGACCACUAGCUGAACCCAAGAGUUAGACUCUAAUAAAGACCCAGUUAAAGUAUCUAAAAUAAUUCUCACCGUUUGCUAUCUGGUCAGAUACUUUCAGCAAUUUAACUCUUGAAGACUCUCUGCUUUACAUAAUGACAUAGGAACAAGUGGGAACUGGGAUGAAGGUAUUGUUUUAUGGACUGUGGUUUUAAAAGACAAGCAGGUAUUGAAACUGAAGCAGCAGUUGGUAUCUUAUUGAAUUAGAGGAUUGCACGAACUACGAACCAAUGGGAUGAGGUAAUGGAAGAAGGUGAAGUCAAAACCAUGAGCCGGAGUGACAUUUGAUGAAAUUAUUAGACUACAUUCUUUCAACUACACACUGAUACACAUGAAGAGGUUAGUUCCAAUGGGAAUAGAAAAAAGGAACAACCGUGAAGAAUUCUUACAUACAAUACACCACUUUACACCUGUUGCAAAUGACUGAACUGAUGAAAGUAGUUUAACCUUGUGACAGUAUAUAAACCGGAUGAAUGGCUCUGAUUGUAUAAACAGACUUUGUGUGGACACUUCAUAUAUCCACCCAUACAUGUGACACAUAUUGUAAUAAGGACAUAAAUGAUUCCCUCCUUCAUUGCUUCCUCUGAAGAAUCAUGUACUUGUGCACAUUUCCCAGUUUCAGUGUAGUUUGAGUGUAGAUUCAUACGGGACACUAUCCAUACUCCCCAUGUCGGAGAGAAUUCAGAGAGGUGGGUACAUUCUUUGGGGGAAUUAAAUGUUCAGGAUCAUGGAGCACUUAUAUUUUUGAAGAUUGUUACAGGGUUAGGUAAAGGCAUGAUUGCAAAAGUGCCACAUUGUGAUGGUUUACAUUUCAUUUGCUAAUUUUUUGUGUGAAGUAUACCUUGUUUUUUAGUCCACGAGUAGAACAACUGUAUGAAUGUGAUGCUAAAUGAGAUGUGUUAUAUACAGUGUUUUUUCUCAGCAUUAAGUUAGUCCAAUGUUUGUUUUAAAUUCAGUUGAGUAUUAUAUGACUCAUUGAAUCAUUUAUAUUAAGAGUAAAUAACUUGUGCACUCUUAAUACAUACACUAAAAUAAUGAUUUCUAAAGAGUGCCUUUGGUCAUGUCCAUGCUUGUUGUAAUGAUCAAACAGUUCUUUUGACAGUACAUUGCAAAUCCUUCACAGGGAGGAUGACACUAAUCAGUUAAUGAACGUUUGCUGGGAGAGCUCCAUUUAUAUCUGACCUACUGCAUACCAGCCAUAGCCCUGCAGACAGACAGUCGCACAGGAUGGAUACAUCCCGCCCUUGUGCCUCAUCUUCCAUUCAGCAGAGGACAAAACUGAUCCUUCUCCAUUCCUCAUUCUUCAAUCACAUUCCUUCCCUUCAAUACGUAAUCUGCCUUUGAUCCCUUUCCCCCUUUCAACUAGUCUUGCGAGUCUCACCACCUUCUUGCUUUUCUCCCAUGACACUGUUCUUGAUUAUUUGCAUGGUGGGGGAAGUUAUAGAUAACCUUCAUCCAACGACAGAGCUUUGUAACUGUAGAGUUCAAAGCCAAAGUUAGUGUCUAAUGAUUUAGAUACGUAUAAUUCCAUUGCAUCUAUCAUAAUAUCAGUUAAUGCGGGGCGUUGGUUAAAACACCAGUGUGCACACCUCUGGGUGAUCGGCUAAACGUAGCCCAGCUGAAGACCGAUGAACAGAGGAAUACUAUUAAUUGCUUUUCAUAGCGUCUACUGCUUUUUCAAACUUAAGUGCAUGUGAUCAAGUAUUUUUAACAUUCCACUGCAUUCAGUAAAUUUUAAAAUAUACAUUUGCCUAUUUUGUGAGAAAGCAAUCCAAUCAAUAUUUAGGAACAAAAAAGGCUUUUUCCAUAGCCAAAGGAGUGAUUGCAUUCACUGGAGAAAAAGCAGAAAAAUACCAUUGGAUGAUACGGAUGUAAUUCUAUUUCACAGAAUAUUUUGUAAUUGUUUUUAACAUAUUCACCCACUGAAACGGUACAUCAAAAACUGGAAGUCUGAACUGGAGGCUGUGUUAGCCUCGUCAGAUAUACGCAAAGUUAUAAUACGUUGCUUUACUUUUCAAGAGGUAUUAUUUCCGUCUUUCCCAAUCACCCACUUAGUGAAGAUGAACUGGGAGAACCACAUUUGGAUGAAACCAACCAAGGAUUAGAUGUGCCAUCCUAACUGGAUAAAAUCCAACUCAUCACUUCCUAAUCGGCCAUUACAAAGCCAGCUAAAUACAGAUGCUAAUGUAUGUCUUUGGAUAUUUUCCUGCUUGCUUUCUUGCGUCUACAAUUAUACUAGUUAAGGGGCCAGUAUACUCCAUCAGAACGGCUUGUCAGAGGGUUGAACGGCUCCAGAACCCCCCUCCCCCACAACUUUUUGAUGUUAUAUUAGGGCUGUGUGUAUGACCAUUUCUGUAAUUUUACAAAUGGACAAUCCUACAUUCAACUGUGCAGGGGUGAGAAAGAUUACACUUUUUCUCUUUUCGUCUUUCAGGUUAGGCAUUAGGUCACAUUUUCAGUGAUAGUCUUUUAUUCUGUUGGAAUCCCACAGGCUCAUAUCUCUAUUCAUUUCCAUUUUAACUGGAAAGAAGCAGCAUUAUCAAUGCUGUGGGGCAUCUGGGGGCCCCUACGAUACAUACAGUGUAAAGUUAAUAGAAAUCUAUGGGAUAAAAUCCGCCAAUAAAAGUUGAGGAAUGAUGGUUAUAUGCAUGUUACAGAUACUAAAAUAUAGGAAGAAUUAUAUAAUUUGUUUGCCUCAAUGCUUAUAUAGAAUAGAAAUGAUACUCCUUUAGAUAUAAACUAUAAUGGUCAUAGAAAUUCAUCUGUAAAUUCAUAAAUCUAUAUUUUUUGGUUUCCAUUUCUGGAUUUCUUUAUUGUAUGCAUUCACUACAAAGUUCUAUGUACCCUCUUGAAACCUAUUGAUGUAAAUAUGAAAGUCCUCAUUGUAGUGUACACAGCGCCAGAGAGGGACUAUUGGCCUGUCUCUUGUGAUAUUAAUAUCAGGCUUUUAUUUUGAUGUGGGCUUGACCAAAAAAGCCAUUUAUAUAGUCCUCUGCUUGGAGGAAAGAGUCAUAUUUGUACAGAAACUCA